AGAGACUAAGAUCUAAGCCGAGAAUGCUGCGUUCCUUAUUCUGCAAGUUUCUUGCUGACUGGUGGAAAAAAGUGACUCUAGGGUGUGUCUACACAGCAGUGAGCCCAGCUCAGACUCAGGUUUGAGACCGCGCCCCUUUUUGUCCACACACAGAUCAGUCUGACUCCGGUCAAGUCAGGUCCUAGCAUCCUGCUGGGGCGAGUCUGAGCCUGCGUCCUGGUGUGACUCCGGUCCGAGCUCUGCCAUUUUGCAGUGUGGACACAGCUCAAGCUGCAGACCCAUCAGAAGGCAAACCUCGAACCCAGACCCUACAGAAACCAGUAAGAGGAAACAGAACCAGGAUGAUUCUGUGACCUGGAAUUGAUUUGGUCAGCACCUGCUAAGGCCUAGUUGACCCUGGGGAUAAAAGCCGUGCCAAGGAUACCUUUGAAACAGUUCAUUCGAACACAGCUCGGGCCCAGCCUGGCUGGUCGGGGUCUUCAGGUAAAACUCACAAUCCAAUUGUAUUUGAAAGGAGUUUUUCCUGAUCACCCCACGUAGCCAAACCGCACCUGAGCUGUAAUCCAGUGAGCUGCUUUGAAGAUCUCCUUACGAAGGGCUCUGCCGGCACCGCCAGACCCACUGUGAACAGGGCCGUAGUUACCACUGGCUGCAGAAAGGUGAACAUGCCCCCUGUUUUGGAGUCCGCAAUUCUUUCGGAGACAGAAAAGAUGUGGAACGGGUUGUAUCCUGCUGAGAAGAUAAAGCCAAAUCCACUCCUGGCUUCCCAUGUAACCCAAAUGAAACCAAACGGAACAACUCAUGUGACCAUCCCACCAAAGGAUGGAGAGAGCAGCAAAAUUUAUCCUACAGGUUUGCUCUCUAGGUGGAAAUCACAGGCACGUCGCUGGGCAGUUCUGAACAUGGUUCUUGUUCCCAUCCUGACCAUCACUGUCAUCACCCUCAUCGUCGCCCUCAUCGCCCUGUCAGCAAGGAAAUCUGAGCCGUGUCCAGCUGGUCCUGCCUGCCCGGACGGCUGGCUCGGGUACCUGGGGAAGUGUUACUAUUUCUCAGAGACUGAAGGAAACUGGACCUACAGCCAGAACAACUGCUCAGCACUCGGUGCCUCCCUGGCCGUGAUCGACACCCAGCAGGAAAUGGAUUUCAUGAUGCGCUAUAAAGACAUCCCCAACUAUUGGAUCGGCCUCCGGAGGGACCUGAACCAGACCUGGAAAUGGGUCAGUGGCACCAAAUUCAGCAACUGGUUUAUAAUAGCAGGAGAAGGGUUGUGUGCUUUUCUGAACAGUGGCGAUAUUUCCAGUUCAGGCUGCUCCAGGGAGGGACGCUGGAUCUGCAGCAAACCAGUGGAGAAAACAGAAGGCAGAGCACAGUGACAGUGACCUGGAUGAGGCUGGGCCUUGUCCUUUUAACGGGGCUGUCCCAAGCUGCCUCAGCAAGUGGGGGACUGGAUGGGGCUGGCGAAGGGGGACAGCCCCAGCAGCAAGGAAGAGAGACGGUCGCUGAAAGACAGCGUAUAGCUCCUCCCCUUGGAGCCUCUGGCACCCAUUGGCCCAUUUGGGAAUGUGGGGUGCUCCAGGGAUUUAACAGGGAGACCACAUAAUGUGGGUCUUUUAUGGCUCCAUUCCAGCAGCCCCACCCUGAAUUAGGGGCGAGACUCCGUGGCCCUCCCAGGCUGAGGGCAGCCCCUGUGUUCAGGUUUAAUAACAUUUGGAGCCUGCAGCUUAAAAACCAGGCGUAGGAGCCUGAGAAGAGCUGAGCGAUCUGGCCAGGGGAAUGAAGGGGCUGGGGUGAACCCCUGCAGCCUGGCGGAAGGACCCCUGAUCUCCUGCUGUAAGGCGAGAAGGGCUGGUUUGCAGGCCCUGCUGCGAGAGCAUGAAGAGAAGCAGCGAACAGGAGGGGAUGUGAACCGCUGCUCCCAACCCUGUAGGGAAACUGAGGCAACAGCUGCAUCCUGCCAACAGGGGAGUCCCCACAAGGACUAAUAAACUGAGGACAAUCCCUUCCAUCUGUCAUUCUCUCCUAUCUAAUGCCUGCCUUUAUACCACACUCUUCACUAUAAUGUCCUGCCUUGUGUAUGUCCCAGUGCUAUAGCUGGAAAAACAAGAGCACCCCAACAAUCGGACAGAUGGAAUACACUAUAGCCAUAAGACAGGACAUGGCAGUUGUUUGUACUUCACAAGCAGUAGGGUGUGAAAAAUUGGCAGCAAAUCCUGCUGGGAGAGGAAACGGGUAUAAAAGCCAAGGGCCCCGUCUAUGGCACAGAGACAGAAUCUUUUGACUAGGAAACUGGAAGGGGAACAGCCAAACCUGCAGCGUCCCUCCUCUCAGAGACCCAGGGCAGGAGCCGGAGACGAGCAGUGGCCGGACUGAUCUGCCAGAGACUGUCUCUGGAGGUGUUGUGGCCCCUGCAGCCAUGGGGGAAGGACUCAAACUCCUGCUGUAAGGCGAGAAGGGCUGGUUUGCAGGCCCUGCUGCGAGGGCUGCAGGAGCGUGAAGAGGCACCGCGGACAAGAGGAUUGCUGGCACGUGCUAGGAUAGACUCUGUGUGUGUGUGUGUGUACAUGUACGACAUUUUUAUAAUAAUAAACCAGCUCCCAGAAGGGACAUUUUUAUUUUGUAAA